AUGGUGCUGAACAUGGAGGUGAAGUACCUCCACCCUGAGCAUGAGGCAAGCCCAGAUAUGGACUGGGGGCUACUUAUCCACAACAUCUCCAGGCAGUGUGGCGUGCAGUUUACUUGCCACUGGGAAGGAAAUCCAGACAAAGAAGUGGAAGUGAGUGACUACCCUUCUGACAUGGAGUGGGCCCUGGACUUCGGUUCUGCCCAGAACCGGCCAUCUUUCCCUUGCAACAGCUCAGAAACCAGCAACUGGACCCAGAGGCUCUUGACCUGGAGACUGCCUGGUGUCAAAAAAGCAGGACUGGAUAUGCUAAUCCGGCGCACCCCUCCUUACAAGCUACGGGUACAUCCUGGCACUAUCUCCUUAAUGCUGCCGUAUGUAACCUCCAGAGAUGCUGGAAACUACACCUGUUACUGGAAGAACCAAAGCCAACAUUUUCUGCUGGAGGUUUCAGCCAAGUCAGCUCGUUGGUUGUAUUUUGGAAAGCAGCACUGGAUAAUUUGGAGUGUGGUCCUAGGAUACAUGGCUGUCUGCCUUGGUUUCACCUUCGGCUUCCUGCGGUGGAGGCGGUGGAGGCGUGCCUUUCGUGGACAUAGGCAGAAGAAGAAGCUGAGGGCACCAGCCAUGAGAAAGGUUCUCCAUGUCCAGCGGAACAGAGCACCGGCCCACGAUGGGAUCUUGCUGACCAAGGUGAAUAGAGAUGACAAGGAACAAGUGGAUGUAUUCUCCUAUGAGAAUGUACUGCCCAACAUGAGUACAAGUGCUGGCCAGCAGUCUCUACAGAGAGGGAACACCCUACCUACUGCCCCCAAGGCAGAAGAAGAAGACGAUGAAGAAUACGAGUGUCCGGACAGUGAGACGGAGCAGAAAUCAGAUGACCAGGACAACUACGAGAACACUCAGGAAGAAACGAAACAGGAAGAGGCGGUUUCAAACGGUAACGCCCCUUUUCUUACCU